AAUGGUAGUCCCGAUCAGAGAGCGUACGAGGAUUUUUGUCUGGCCUAUGCAACCGUGACAAAGAGCCACCAAGUGAGACCGGUGGGUCCAAGGAACCACCAAUCAAAACCAUGCAAAUCUCACAAGAUGACGAAAAAGGACCAUCGAUAUAAGGAGAGGCCUUCUUCAUGCAGAAGAUUUCAAGCACCUCAGUUUCUCUUUUGGGCACUCCCUCUCGAUUGCCAUGGCCUUGCUUUCCUCUUUGUAGCGAAGACACUCAGCAUCAAACUCUACUCUGCUCCAAUUUCUAAGUGUCAAGAGCUUGCGAUGAAUUACAAACUCCCUCCUGGCUUUAGAUUCCACCCAACAGAUGAAGAACUGAUCGUGUAUUACCUCCAAAACCAAGCCAUGUCCAGGCCAUGCCCCGUGUCCAUCAUCUCCGAAGUCGAUAUUUAUAAAUUCGACCCGUGGCAAUUGCCUGAAAAAGCCGAACUUGGUGAGAAGGAACAGUACUUCUUCACCCCGCGUAACCGAAAGUAUCCAAAUGGGGCGCGUCCUAACCGAGCGGCGGUGUCAGGGUAUUGGAAAGCCACGGGUACUGACAAGCCGAUCUAUAGCGGGUCUAAGCAUGUAGGAAUGAAGAAAUCCCUUGUGUUUUACGAGGGCCGGCCGCCUAAGGGAUUAAAAACGGAUUGGAUCAUGCACGAGUAUCGUUUGGCUGAUUCAAGAAGGCACGUGCAGCAUCGCUCUAUGACAUUGGAUUGGGUCCUAUGCAGGAUAUACAAGAAGCAGCACUCGAGUAAAACUUCGGAUCAAAAAGUGGAAGACUUCUAUGGCCGAAGUAACCGAACCGUGAUCAGUGAGGCUAGUGACGAGCAAGUGAUGAGAUUACCUAGCACUCGCUCACUUACUCAUGAUCUGUUGCAAUUGGACUACUUUGGUCCCAUCUCACAGCUUCUAAUAGAGAGCUCAUACCAUCCAGCCUUCGGUCUCGAAAACAUCAUCGGCGAUGGUGAAUCCUAUCAUGCUGAGAAGAAACUUCGGUUCCGUGGAAACGGAAUGUCCUGCCUUUAUGCAGAUCAAGGGAAAUAAUGAUCGAAUCAGAACAAUCUCUUAAGCCAUGCAAGAUCUGCCAAGUUCUGUAGCAGUGUAACUGUUGUGGUUCACAGGCUGGUAAACUAACGGAGGAUUGUGCUGAUCAUCUUUUAAUUUGUGAAAUUUGUCUACUUAAGAGCAUACGUACAUGUAAACUAAUUUUGAAAUUUUCUUGAAAAUCUUAGCCAUCCUGUAAUAGCAUCCAAGUAUGACAAGUUUACUCCAUGCAGUAGUUACAAUUGAAAGCAAAAUUGUACUUUGUUUUAGCAGGUGUGGCAUGGCAUCUGUUCUGGUUCAUUUGUAUAAUUGAAGAGACAAGGAAUACCGGGUUGACGACUUGACAUGGAUUGAUCAAUGGAAU